AUGUCUUCUCUUCUCGGGCCGUUUCAUAUCAUCAGCUAUGGCACUCUACUGGGUGUCGAAGUCUUUCAGAGCUUCAUCGGAGGAAUAGUUGCAUUCAGGACCCUUCCUCGACCGCAAUUCGCCGCCCUGCAGAAUAAGUUAUUCCCGAUAUACUUUACUUUGCAGAGCGGCCUACCACUGGCACUGGCCCUUACGUAUCCUGGAAGCUUCGGUAGUUUAUCUAGCAUUUCCGGCGUGAUCUCUGAACAAAACCAGCUUUCUGUCCUUUUGCCAUUGACAUUAAUCACCGUGUCUGGUUUGGCCAACCUGCUCUACUUUACUCCCUUGGUCAACAAGACUAUGAAAGAGAGAUUACACCAAGAGUCUAUUGAUGGAAAAAAGUCCUACGACGCCCCUCCCCACUCCCAGAAGAUGACCGAACUAAACAAAAAGUUUGGCAAGCUACAUGGCGUUUCGACUUUGAUUAAUCUCGGCGCUGUUAUUGCCACCCUGGCAUAUGGAGUUGUGUUGGGUGGUCGUCUUCAAUAG